AGAAGGACGUCUGCCUCUGACUCAGUAUGUCACAUUUAACAAGAGGCCAGAGCUUGUCCAAAAUGGCUGUCCAAAAACGACCACGCGGGUGCGUUAGAAGAUGACGCCUUUCUCAGGGACGGUUUUCUCUCUCAUGUCUUGCCUGCUCCCUGUCUGCCUGUGUCCCUGAUCAUGCGUCCCUGCAGUAGCCUUUAACGAUUUGUCAGCCAGACUGUUGAAAGCGUAACCAUCCAGGAUGCCUGUCCCGCCCCCUCCAGCGCCCCCGCCGCCGCCCACGUUUGCUGUGGCCAACACAGAAAAGCCUGCUUUGAGUAAGUCAGAGCAGGCUGGGAGAAACGCUCUUCUCUCUGACAUCAACAAAGGGAAGAAACUAAAGAAGACAGUCACCAAUGACAGAAGUGCACCGAUAUUGGACAAACCUAAAGGAGCUGGUGGUGGUGGCGGAUUUGGUGGAGGAGGCAGCGGUGGCAGUGGUGGUGGUGGCAGUGGCGGCGGUGGUGGUGGAAGUUUUGGAGGGGGUGGCCCCCCCGGUUUGGGAGGACUGUUCCAGGCUGGAAUGCCGAAGCUGAGAUCCACAGCCAACCGGGAGAGUGAUUCUGGAGGAAGCCGACCUCCGAUGUUGCCACCAGGAGGAAGAUCCACAUCCGCCAAACCUUUCACACCCCCAAGCGGCCCAGGGAGGUUCCCUGUGCCUUCUCCAGGCCACAGGAGCGGACCCCCAGAGCCUCAGAGGAACCGAAUGCCUCCCCCGAGGCCCGACGUAGGCGCAAAGCCUGAUAACAUUCCCCCUCCGGUGCCUAAUACGCCAAGACCCGUUCCGUCCAGUCUGCACAACCGCGGGCCCCCCGUAGUGCCCGGGGCCCCCCGGCAGCCCGGGCCGACUCCCCCCCCUUUCCCCGGACACCGAGGUGCCGCUUUCGGAGGAGGCUCCAUCCGCCAGACCCCCUCGGGCUCCUCCUCACCCUUCUCCAGCAGGCCUCCCCUGCCCCCUACUCCGAGCAGGGCGGUGGAUGACAAACCCCCGCCUCCGCCGCCUCCCGUGGGCAGCAGGCCCUCCGUCCACAGGGAGGCCGUGCCCACGCCUCCCCCUCAGAACAGCAAGCCUCCGGUGCCGUCCACGCCGAGGCCGUCCUCCUCGUCGCCGGCCCCGCCGCCGCCGCCGCCCAGCAGGCCGGGCCCGCCCCCGCUGCCCCCCGGCUCCGGCGGCGGCGGCGACGAGAUCCCCAGGCUCCCGCAGCGGAACCUGUCCCUCUCGUCGUCGUCCGCGCCUCCCUUGCCUUCGCCAGGCCGGUCGGGCCCUCUUCCUCCGCCGCCCAGCGAGAGACCCCCGCCGCCGGGGAGGGACCCACCGGGCCGAUCAGGCCCUCUUCCACCACCUCCUCCAAUGAACAGAAAUGGCAGCACAUCUCGGGCCCUGCCUGCCACCCCUCAGUUGCCGUCCAGGAGUGGAAUAGAUAGUUCCAGAAGUGGGCCCCGGCCUCCUCUUCCUCCCGACAGGCCUGGCACUGGGGCGCCUCCCCCACCUCCACCAUCAACAUCAAUUAGAAACGGCUUCCAAGACUCUUCAUGUGAAGAUGAGUGGGAAAGCAGAUUCUACUUCCAUCCGAUUUCUGAUUUGCCACCUCCAGAGCCAUAUGUACAAACAAGCAAAAGUUAUCCCAGUAAAUUGGCAAGAAAUGAAAGCCGGAGUGGAUCUAACCGAAGAGAAAGGGGUGCCCCACCCCUUCCUCCCAUCCCGAGGUGAUCCUUGCCUGCUCUUCUCCACCCAAGCCCAAGAGCUCCUUCUGUCGUUGCUGUCCAAGUCGCACACCCUCCUCUUGUCUUCCCUUGUCCCCUUCAUUAUGGCAAUAGGGAAGAAGGGAAGGUGACGUGGGAAUAUGUGUGUGCAGGGUGGGUAUGCAGUCAAGAAAUGCACCUCGCUUUUUAUAUUGUGUAUAUUCUUAAAGCUAUUGCUUGCUUCAGCUACAGCCUGUUGGCUGCUUUGGGGAUCAAUAGGCUUCUGUGGCAAAUAGGCAGCGAUGAAUUGUGUCCCAGCUUUCAACCAACCAAAUUCAAACAUUCACUGCUUUUUUUUUGCUGCAGAGUACAAUAUUAAGGUCCCUGAGAGCUGUCUGCUUCCAUGCCUUUUUUGCAUGUUUGGCCUCCUGUUUCCAUGAACCACAGACCACCUAAGCAAAUUCAGAGCUGCCCAAUAGAAAUAUAAUGUGAGCCAUAUAUACAAUUUUAAAAUUUCUAGUAACCACAUAAAAAAGGAAAAUAGGUGAAAUUAAUUUUAAUGUAUUUUAUUUAACCCUAACAUCCAAAAUAUCUUUUCAAUAUGCAAUCAAUGUAACAGUUUUAAUGAGGUUUUAUAUUCUUUAUUUGGUACUAAGUCUUUAAAAUCUGGUGUGUAUUUUACACUUAGAACACAUCUCCAUUUGGACUUGUCGCAUUUCAAGUACUCAAUAGCCACACGUGGUUGGCAGCUACCAUGUUGGAUGGCACAGGUCCGGAAGAUAGAGGCUAGUGAAAAAACCUCUUGUUUAAAAACCAAAGGCAAGGUGAGCUUUACCAAUUCAAGAGGUAACUAAUAAAGUUAGGACCCAACACCUUGUUUGGCAAACAGCUUUCCUUGGAUUUUGCUCCCUUGUUUUCCCUCUUCCCUUGAAAUCGGUGUACAAGUAUUGCUUCACAGUACCAAGGUCAGAAAUUUAUCUAAUAGGGUUUACAGAAAUUGAUCUAAUAGGGUUUACAGUCACGUGGAAUAAAGCCAUUGGAAAGAAACUGAGAGCCAGUGGGGGCUCUGCGGCUCACAACUAGCUGCCUUGAGCUCAUCUGUUGGUUGGCCUCCUGCCUUAUGCAUGUGGAGUGGCUUCAGUCCUCUCCAGCCCAGCUUGCUCCUUAGGGCAGGAGGCUCACAGGCUCCACAGCUGUGGGGGAAAGCCAGGGAAAGGUAGCAAACCAGGAAUGUGGAAGAAGGGAACAGGUUUGAGUUGAUGGGCAAAACUCUAAAAAAUCUAAAUCUGAUGCUUGUGGGGUUGAGAGAAAGAGACUGCUGCUGGAAAUUGGGAAGAACUUGUUUUGAAUCUAUCUGGGAGAAUCAUUUGCCUUGGAUCUAUGCAAACAAAGCUCCUCCAGAGGACCAUAGGGAUGAACCAGCCUUGCCUUUUUUUUUUUUUUGUAUGAUUUUGUUUACAAAACUUUACUGGGACUCUUAAAUCUAGCUAUAGACUUGGAAAAAAGGGUUUCCAUGUAGGUGUUUUAUAUGGUUGAUUAUGUUUUAAAUUACCAUUACUUAUUUUUUAAAAGCUCACGGCUAGAUAUGUUUAUGUACAUCUACCUAAACUUUGUAUCCUGGUUUCAGUGAAUUAUUCAUGUAUUACUGGGAGAUGCUAACAAGAAAUCAAUCCAAAGAAAAAUUUGAAAGAAACAUUCCCAUUUAUAGAAUAAUUGUUUCAUUUAUAUAAAAGCAAAAGAACUUAGAGUUCUAAUAAAUGGGAUGUCUAAUAAAUUAUGAAGUUGCCCAUUUGAAUAUAUUGUAGUUUUACAACUUUCCUUGCCAAAGUCCUGGGCUUAUUAGUACAUUAGAGAACUUGGGCUCCCCCCCACCCCCACCCACCACCAUUCAUUUGUCUUUCAUAUGUUCGUUCACUUGGGGCCCUUUACCCAAAGAAAAUCAAGAAACAAAGGUAUAACAAGCUUGGCAGAGUAUUUUCAAAAAAAGUUUUCAAUCUCUAAUAUUUUGGUAACACAGUAGCAUCAUUUUAUUUUGAAUUCUUUGAUCGGAUAUUGAUUGUUGGUAGAAAUCCUUAUGAUAAGGCCUAAGGACCCACUUCAGAAAAGAUGGAACUGGGCCUUCCUAGCAAAUAUGGCAGAGAAAAGUCAGACCCAAAGAAAAUGGGUCCGAAUUUGGUAACAGGUGGUAAGAAUGGCCGAUUUCCUUGCAUAUUCCAACUUUGCAGAUACCAUAUUAAGUUUGAAACAGGGUCACAGCUCAAAGUUGCUAUUCAUCCAGGAUAGAGGUGUUUUAAAAUGUAUUCUUUAAGUGAAUAGUCCAUUAAUACAUGUACACCCUUUCUUUUAAAGUUAGAAACCUAACUGCAUCCAAAACUUUGAAUAAGUUCUAUGCUGAAAUCUUCAGCUAUGGCAGAUCACAAAAAUUAAUAGUUCCUUCCCUGAAACCAGAGCUUACCUAUUUUUUCCCAUAAAAUUUCCAGAUAAAUGUAUUCAAGAUGCAAUACAGUAUUUUAACAUUCACAUAUUUUAUAUUGAAAUGUAUUACAGUAUUAAAAUUCAGUGUUCAGUAUUUAUUUCAAUAUGCAUUUUAUUUAGUAAAAACCAAGAAACAUGUUUAAUCCAAUGGUGCCUUACUUGGUGAUUUGAGAGAAAUUGACUUUUUAUGUCUAAGUAGCAGAUUAAUUUCAUAUUUGUAAAAACUGUUAGGCCUUUAUAUUUUAACUUGUAAUACCAGUUUUGUUAUUUUAGUAGCAGAAAUGUGAUGACUGUUAAAGUGCCCAAAAUUUUCUGGCAUGAAAUUAAUUUUUCCCUAUUUAUAGUCAGGGACUGUAAAGAAAGAAAAUGUUUUUCAUACCACUGCACUAUGUAAACAUGCACAUUUUGGUACCUAUGUCAUCAGAAUAGUUUAUAUGGUGGGAUAGGACCUACCCUAGACAUCUAUGUCUUUGUAAGUUAGCCAAACAAUAAAUAAAAGCAGAAUG